GGUGUUAUCCGAUCUUUAAUAAGAUUUAAUAAUCAUACAGAUAUGUUAUAUGAAUUCAAUGUAACUGGAUUCGAUUGUCAUCUUCCAAUACCGUACAGUUCUACAGUACCGGUAACAGUUUAUGUAAAAGCAAUAUGUGUAUCACAAUGGAACGGUAUCCCUAAAGAAAUUGAGUAUUCUGCAUUAUCAAAUCCAUAUCCAUUUGCAUCGAAUGCAAAAUUUUUAAUUUGUCCACAAAAAAAUAAUAAUUUUACUUAUCUUAUUCAUCCUGAUAAUGAUGAUACAUUUAAUGAUAAUUCUAAUGAUUUAAAUGAAGUAAUCACUGAAUAUGAUUAUUGUCCAAUAGAACAAGUAACAUUACGUAUGAAAAUUUUAUGGAGUAAAGAAGAUAUUAUUAUAAAUGAUGAUCAAACUAUUCAACCAUCUUCAUCAUUAUCGGCAACAACAACAACAACAACAAUAGAAUCUUCUUCUUCAGAAUGUGAUUUAGAUUAUUAUUCAUUGAUGGCUAAUCGUAAAAUAUGCAUCGAUUCUUCUCAAAGUAAAACUGUCGAUCUAUUACCAGAUAUUGAUGAACAACAAAAAUUCAAUCAAAAUAAUCAUAUAAAUUUACCAAUUAUUGAAACAAUUCAAGGAUUAAAUGAAUUACCUAAAAUCAAUAAAAAAGGUUAUCCAUCUGGUAUUUAUUAUUUUAAUGGUUCAAUGCAUUUUGAUUUAAACAAAUUUAAUAAAUUUCAUAAAUUACAACGAUUUGAUAAUCAAUUAUUUACAAUAAAUUUUUGGAUGAAACAUUCACCAAUAUUUAAUAAACAAUAUCAUGAAAAGAAUUUAUUAAAUAAUCGAGAGAAUAUUUUAUGCAGUUCCGAUGAAUAUGAAAAGAAUCGGCAUCACUUUGCUGUGUUUCUGCAUAAUUGUAAACUGGUUGUAUUGAUACGUCGUGAACCAACCAAUGAAUCCACCCUAUAUUCUGAUUCGUCUCAGUUACUUCCAUCUCAAUGGCGUUUCGAUGUCGACGAAGUAUGUGAUUCGAAUUGGCACCAUUAUUCGUUGACCUAUCGUCCACCAGAAACGACACUUGUAAAUGGACAAAAGACACUUGUAUCCAAGUCAGAAAGUGAUAUUGAAUUACAAUUGUAUUUGGAUGGACGAUUAGUACCAAAUAAUCCUGAACUGGUGCAAAUUGCUGAAAAUAUGCCUAUGGUACAUUUAUCUGUCAAAAAUCAUGAAUUUGUUCGUACUUCAGUUGGCGCGUGUUGGCAUGGACGUAGUACUCAAUUUGCUCAACAUUUUGUCGGUUAUCUUGCUGGUUUAACGUUUACAAAUGGAUAUGUUCAAUCGGAUGAAGAAAUACUUUGUCUGACCAAUUGUGAACCACGUCUAAUUAUCAACGAUCCAACAUCAUUCAGUUCAAACACUAAUCGUUUCGAAACAACAAAUAUUCGUAAUUCUCAUUUGAAUAGUAUCAUUAUUCAAGCUAAAAGUUUAAAUGAAUUAUCUAAAAUUCUAAGAAAUGUGACAUUUUAUAAUCCAAGAUUAGAAUAUAAACCACGAUAUCGACCGGAACCAGUGGCUAUACAAUUAAAUACUUUGUUUGCGUAUGCAACAGAUUGUGAAAUACCCUCAACAUUUAAUCAAGUAAUUCUAAUUAGUCCAUUACCUCCAACUAAACAAACAUUAAUUUCACUUGAUACCUUUAAUUCAAAUAUUCGUACGGAUCGAUAUCUUCAUAGGCAGUACCAUAGUCAUAAUCAACCAAGUCACAAUUAUCAACAAUCGAAUGUUCAUCAACCGACAGAAAAACAACAAUUUCAUGGGUAUGCACAGAAACAUGAAAAAGAAACUCUUGAAAGACUGUCUACCAUUAAGCUACCAGCUUCUACUCAUCGAAACCAAUCGAUAGAUCAGUCAUUCGAUAAAAUAUCAACAUCAUCACCAAUCAAUUCACUAGUACUGUUUAAUGCAGAACAAUCCGAACAUACGAACAAGACAUUCACAUUGAGAAAUGUCACAUUAGCUAGUUUAUCUACCGGAGUCUAUAUAUUUCCAUACAUAACAAUCAUGUGGAAGACCCCAUUGGAACUGUUGAAUUUUAAUAAUACAUCUUCAGAAUUCGAGCAAACAAUUUCAUCAUGUACAAUUAAUUUAUGCAAAAUUGAUCCAUUCAAUACUGUAGACAAUAUUCUGUCUAUUUCAGAAUAUAUUUUGUUAAAUCCUAAAUAUAUCAAAAAUGAUAUAAAAGUAUAUCAACGUUCAAAUGGAUUUCUUAUUCAUGGUAAUUCAGGUGUAUUAAGUUACAUGAAUGCAUUGAAACAUAUUCAAUGGUUAUGUAAAGAUGAACAAACUAAUUUAACUAGACGUUGUUUUAAUGUAUCAUGUGAAGCUAUGAUUCAAAUCUAUGAAAAGGAUCAAUUCAUAAUGAGGAAAAUUAAUAGCAAUACUAUAAAAUCUGAAUUUAAUAUUUAUCAUAAAAAAUCACCAGAGCCGUCAGUUAUUCCUUCAAGUGUACAACAACAUUCAACAAGAUUAUAUUUGAGAGGAAAACCUCGUCUGGUAAAUAAAAGAGAUAUAAAUAAUCUCCAACCAGCUAUGCAUUUACAAAAUAAAACAAACACUUGGAGUAAGGGUAUUUUACUACUUAUCAGCUCUUCAGUUUUAGCAAUUCUCUUAAUAUUGUUUGUUGCUAUCAAACGAAUUCAUCGUGUUCAUUUAAAAUCGAAUCAUUUUGAAUCACAUGUUCAAAAUUUUCAAAUGACAUCAUUUGAUAUUAAUUCAUUAAAACAAAUGAAUAAAUUUCAAGAUGGAAGAAAGUUAGAAACUAGCGCUGAAAAAUUAAGAAAUUCAAAAUUGAAUGAUUAUAAUUCUCAAACGAUAAUAAAUGAUCAUCAUCAUCAACAUCAACAACAACAACAACAACAACAAUAUGAAAAUGAACAGAAAGUUCAACCAAUACGAAUUACACCGAAUCCAUUUGUUAAUCAAUCUAAUAUGAAAGAAUAUGAAGCAAAAACUAUUUUGUUGGAUGAAAAACGUUAUGAUGCCUCUUUGAAUAUGUCAUCAUCAAUAUAUAAUAAUCUUAAUAGUGGAUCACCAAUUGUAUGUAAUCCAACAAUUCAAUUAUAUGAAAAUCCAUUAAGAUCUGAUGAAGAAGAUGAUGAUGAUUUUCAAUGUUCAUGCAGUGAAAAUGAUACUGAUGAUCAUGUAAAUUUAAAUAAUUAAUUCAAGAAAUAAAACCAAAUUAUAAAUAUGAAAAUGAAAAGUAUCUGAAUGAAUUCAACAAAGAAGGAGAUGAUGUAGAAGAAGAAGAAGAAAAACAACAACAACUCAUAUAAGACAACAUGGACACAUUGACUUUCUUUACUCUACUCAUUUGUUUCUGAUAAUUAUGGUAAAUGAUCUCUAUAAUGGCAUUUAGUUUAGGCUUAUUUUUCAUUCUUGUUAAGUCAAUAUGUUUACUUAUUAUUUAUUCAUUUCAUUGAUCAAGUUACUUAUCAAAUUUCCUCUUUUUUCUCAAUAUUUUCAAUAUGUUCCCUUAUCGGUGAUCUUGGUCGUAAAAAGAAAAAAAUUCUCUAUCAUCAUUUAUUGUUUGCCCUUUUUACCCCCUACCAUCACUACCACCACCCAUAUCUGUAUUACUCACACAUUACAUUUUUGCACUGUUUUCAAUAUUUUGGUAAUCAUAGUCAUACAUGAUUAGUUUCAAAGUACCAUUCACUAUCUGUAUGGCAUUUAUUUGUUAUUUAAAAGCAAAGAACUAAUUUUUUUCAUUUUGCUGGGGUUGGAUGUUCUUUCUAUGAAAUGGUUAAUUAGUAUUAUUUAUUUUAAUCGUACUUUUAUUCAUGAAUUUAGUUGUUCAAAUUGUUUAGUAUUUGUUUCACUAUUCUACAAAUUUUCAUCGUAUCAUCAAAUAGAUAUACAUAAACGUAUACAUC